AUGUCCUAUCCAGACAGCAAUGCUUUCUCUUCAGUUGUGUUUCCUGCUGGUCAUGAACUUUCGCUGCGGAUAUCCUUCAUCGUCUUCACCAUCACAGGUAGCUCUGUCGUUCUAGGGUCGCUCUUACAAGCUACUGGCUCGGACGACGUUCACGCGCAGUCAAGAUUCCGUCGUGGAGAGAAUUUCAAUCCCUCCACCUUGCUUCAGUGUUGGUUGUCCUCCUCUUGUCCGUGUCUUGUACCUUCUUUGCGUUGGUAUGCAAUAGCUAUCGAGUACACCGUGUACUCACUCGACCAAGGCGGCGCCCUUGUACUCGGAGUUGGAACAUCCCUCAAUCGUGCGGCCUGUUCAGCAACGAUGAUAGGAUCAAUUGUGUUUCUCUCACUCGGUAAAGGCAUGAUAUAUCUCCUUCUCCUCGAAAAGGUCUACAUCGCCUGGCCAAGUCAUGGAUCACGUCUCUCGUCCAACGCGUAUAGAGCCGGACUCGUUUCGCUUCUCGCGUUGAGUGGGAUGGUGGUGGCCAGUGCACUGGGGCGAAAGUCAACACUCGGCGUUGAUCGACAUUGUAGAGUCGGCGCCGAUCUUCGCGUCACCAUCGCCGUGCUAGUGACCGACCUUAUCACGACCCUCUUCCUCUCCGCGACUGUUCUCUGUCUGGUGGUGUCUGGACUCAACGUCGGUGCACUUUUGAUCCUUCACAACUAUGAAUACGCCUGGGCGUGGCUCAUGUACGGGUCGGCCUCGAUCGGUUUCCAGAGUCUCAUCGGAGUGUGGAUCACACGACCUCCACCUCCAUUUGUACUAUCAACUCCCCCAAGUGCACCUAUACAUCAUUCAAGUAACCACGACGAAGUUGGCUCUAGGCCGCUAGCCUCUCGAUUCGAACCUCGUCUGCCAACGCGCCAAUCGCCCACCAUGGUACCUGAAUGGGUGCGUGCGGUUGACAGCGUCUCUCCUCCACCGGCGAUGAGCACAGAGUUGAUUGAGCCCGAGUCACUCAUCCAGUCGCUCCCAAUGAGAAAUGGGCUUUCGUCAAUUGGAAAGGACCCCAUCGUUUACGUCUUCCUCUCAGCUUCCUCGGCGGAGGGUACUCUCCAAGGCAUCAACAACCUGCGGAUAGCAAAACGUCGAACACAGUUCCCACAGUCCUUUCCACAUAAUACCUCUCUCCCCACCCCUAUCUCACCGACUGCAUUAUUCCAUCCAUAUUAUCUCCAACCCCUCCCACCCACGCCGCAGGAACGAGUCGACCACGCUUCUCAGCGCCCACUGCGCCCAUUCUCCACAUCUGAUCCUCCAGUUCCUAUAACAGACUCCAGAAUAGGGGGCCGAAUAACCCAUCAAUAUCACUACCGCCGCCGCUCAGCUAGCGCUGGACUACACCCCAUGAUGCCGCAUAUUCAAAGACAUUCUCCUCCCCCACUUCCAGAAGUUUCUGCUCAGACUUUGGCAAUCACGGCAGCUGCCAUUUCUGACAAGCGCGUGAUCGACGUGAUCGACGUGGACAGUCAGCCGUGGGACGUGCAGGACCGCUCCAAGUCAUCCAGGCAGCUCCAAGAGGACUUCCAUGAGAGCACCCACGAGGUAGAUAGGGUGCGCAAUAGUAUAACGCCCACGUACAUUGUGUACGGGGUGGCUCUAGGUGGAUCGCCUACGCCUUCGGAUAAUCUUGAGAACAAUGCCUUUGCUCGACCAUGA